UAUAAAUCAUACACAGAAACGUACAAUUGUAUAAUUUUUAUAUAUUUUUGUUAUACUGUAAAUAAAAUUACCAUACUUAGAAAUUCUCGAAAUACAAAUAGGCGAGUGGUGAAUACGAAAAUUCGCUGUCCUUUCCGGAAUAUGUGCGGGAACAUUUCCAAUCGAUGCUGAGCGUAGAAAAUUCUGUCGAAGAGAUAACAUCGAAAGUAGACGAGGAGAAUUAUUUCCACGUAAUUCCGCUGAAUUCAGCAAAAAGAUAGAACCGCGAAAUUAAAUUUGAAUAUUCCGGAAACGAAAGUUAGACGAGCGGAAAAGAGUAAACGUGCCUCGAGAAUGGAGAGAAGCGAAUCAAAUUCCAUUUAUAAUAAAACGAGCCAUACGUUAUCUAAAGUACGCAAGAAGAAAGGAAGAUUACGUAAUUCCGUUUCCAAGAGUACAGUUGCCACUAAAGAUACAAGUCUCAUCGGUAGAAAAGAAGCGAAGAAGCGCAGACAUAAAGGCCAUGGCAUUAUUCAUCAACUGUCAAACCCUCCAAAAAAUUUAAAAAGGUCCAACGACAUCGUGGAAAUUUUUCAUAAUAUUACAUUGAAGAGUAGCAAUUCUGGAAUAUCUAAUAGUAAGCAUUCUAAAUUUGAUAAACAAACAAAACGUGUAAAAAGACAUCCUAUUCAAACUGCUAAUCGAAAGAUCCAAGAAACACCUUGUCCCGAACGUGUUAAUCAUGAAUACCAAAUUGACAACAAGGAGAAUGAGCAGCAUCAGUCAUUGAAUUAUCAAUGCGAUUCGAGAGUGAUUCCUGAGAGGGUUCAAGAACAUGACAUAUCGGAAAAGCAUUCCAAGGAUUUCUAUCCAUCGGCGCAGUGCAAUAAUAAAAUGCAUCAAUGCGAACACAAUACUUUUAACAAAUGCAACGACCCAAUGUUCAUUCCUAACUAUGAAAUGCCGACCUUGGCGUCGAGUUUGAAACGUUCCAACAGAUCGUACUUCAAUAGAUUUAACUUCCGAAACAUACCAUUCGUGGUAGGGACUUCGGUGACACCUAGCCAUAAUCUCGGAUUGAACAUUCAGCAAGUAUUAAGUAUAAUGAAAACGAGACAGCCAAUUGCAAACGACAUCACUCCGUUAUUAAUUCGUAAAGUCAGUAGAGGUAUAAAACCGAUGUCGAUUCUUCUGGAACAGAUGAAUGAUUAUUCCCAAAAAUCGGCUCUCAACAUAAACUCGCAUCUAUCUGUGUUCAAUAAUAGCAAGAGUUCAAAUAUCAAGCGAGAUAAAAAAUUAUCUGUAUAUGAUUUACGACACGUGGAGAAUUCUCGUACGUCAAAUUUAUCUGGCAGCGUAAAAAUGAUUCCUGAAAAAGAUAACGAUGCCGCUAAACAAUUUAAUAAAGAAAAGAUUGAUUUCAAUGAUCAUAAAAUUAAACUGCAGUCUCCUGUCGUAAAUAAAAACAACAUGUCAAUAAAUAUGAGAAGUCAGCAAGGAAUAGCAAAAAUAUCGUCGAAUAAGGAGAUUAAUAUCGGUGAUUAUAAAACGCAUACAAUUAGUGGCGCGCAUAAUUCCAAGGAAAUACGCGAAAUUUUAAUUAAUCUUCACGAUCAAUUUGAAGAAAUGAACACAAAAUAUGAAAAAUUGCAAUCAGAAGUGGAAAAAUCUAAUGAUAAAUCUCUAGGGAAGGAAUUAUCUGUCUUGGAAAAGGAACUUAAUAUCAAAGAAGAAGAAAUCAACGCUGUUAUUGGCCUUUACAAAGAAGUAAUGACGCUGAAACAGCAAAUGAAAAUGUUGCACGAGAAAAAUAGUCUUGUUUGCAUUACGACCGAGUCGGUCAAAGGAUCUCAUAAAAAUUCUUUUGCUAUUUUGCCUGGUAAGUCUCAUUCGAUGAAUCCGACACAGAUUUUUGGUCGAAGAAAAUUUAAUAAUGCAACACGAGAACCGCCCACUUCUAUGCAACUGGCCGCAUUAUUACGGCAGAUACAAACUUUUUAUAAGCAAAUGCAACUCGUAUUCUAACUACAUGGAAUUAUGAUAAUAUAUAAAAAAAAGAUGUUACUAAACGAUUGUAACAGCUAUUUCGCACGGUUUCCUAAGGAGGGAUUUUUAAGGUGUUUUCUUUUGUCUUUUGCAAUAAACGAACAUUUCUAGCAGAUCAUAUUCCAUUUUAUUCUGCGUGCUACCCCAUAAUAAUGUGUAAUAUUAAUUUGUAUGCAUGUACGAUUGUAUGUAAUUUAUGUAUGCGCAACUUUCUUUUGUCUGUGUGUAUCUCUAUACAUAAUCAACAUUUGUGUAUAAACGCCGAAGAUGGUUAUUUUAUUUCUUUUUCUUUAAGAAUCCUGCUAGAGACAGAUAUUCUUUAUCGUCGUAACUCUCACGGUCGAAUGCAAUUGUCAGUUGCAACUACAUACGACGAUAUAUCCGAGAGAAAUCGAUUGUUACAUGUUAUUGAUUUCUUGUUUUUUUUUGCUUCCCCAUCGCAAGAUUCUAAUCUCUCUAGAUAUGUUCGUCGAAGAAUUAUGUGAUCCGCGUGGAAUAUUUAUUUAUAUAUAUCAUUCCUCUCUUUUCUUUAAGUACUAAUUUAACGAUUCAUAAUCUAUCCGAUUCUGCUUUUCAGCUAAAUAAAAUUUUCUUGCUCCUUUCUUGCAUUCUGUUUCUAUUUUCAAAUAUUCCUCUCUGCUUUUCUUUCUCUCUCUCUCUUUCAAAGCAUCUACACAGAAUCACGCGAUCUGUUCUUAUGCGUAAAGCAUACACUAUGCGCUACAAAAUGUAUCUUAAUUAUAACGUUAAUAUAAAAUGUUAUCUUAGGUCUACGAUAAUGUUAAUUUUUUCUCUCUCUCUUUCUUACUACAGAAGGGCGCUUAAAUACACCCGCAGCAAAUAAAAACAUUCCUGUGGCAUCUCGAAUAUAAAAUUAAUUUUUCUUGUGAACAAAGUCCUUUUGAUAGUACGGAUGGAGGACGAUAAUUUUGAGGAAAGCGAUAAACGGAUUUUAUGACGAUAAAAUAUUUUCAAUGUCACCUAGAUUUAUUUCUGCACGUGGAAUGAAAAAGAAAUAAUCUCAGAUGACAAAUUAAUUAAUUUUAAGGAUCGAUUAACAAAGCAAUAUAUUCUAACUAAUUUGUUUAAUAUUAUAAU